GGAAUUUUGCAAAAAUGAAGAAACAAAUUUCAAAGAAAAAAUUCAAACAAACUUCACAACAAAACAUUAAUGGUUCAAUUAUUCGACAACGGUUAAAUAUUGAAGUGCUUGACGAAACAAAGUUUUUUGAAGAGGCUGAUAUUCCAAAUUGUAAGCAUGGCCCUUGUUUGUUAUUUUCAAAUUCUUUGGGUGAAAAAUGGUUUUCCUGUGCUAUUUAUCGUUCGUCUAAAUUGUGUGGAUUUAAAGUGAAUUUAUCUAAAGAUGGAACUCUGCUACAAAAUAAGAAAAUAAAUAGACCGAAGAUUCAAACUUUGCCAAUUGAAGAAUAUGGAAGUGUGAGACAAAGAUUUGAUGAAUUAACUAAAAUUGGCACAAAUCCAUUUUGGUGUAAACAAUGUUUUAAUUUUGUUUCGAAUGAACAUGAACACAAAUUAGACGAAAAUUGUUUUGAUAGUUGGCCUUCUCCAUUUCAAAUAAUUGAUGCUAUAAAGGACAAUUCUGGAGAAGCACAAUUUUGGUUUACAGAAAAUGUUCUUUCCUUAAUUUCCAAUUUAAUCAAAGAAAAUUCAAUUAAUUCAAUUCUUUGUGUUGGCACUCCAAUACUUUUUGAGUGGCUUAAAAAUCAAAAUUUACAAAAUUUGUUUCUAUUGGAUUUUGAUGAUAGAUUGGACAGUUAGUCCACGCGGAUGUCUCUGUAAUAUCUUCUUCGUUAAGGGUGUUUAUUUGAUUUUUUCCGGGGUUUUGUGUUUGCUUGGAGUUUCCUAGCAUCUUUUUUAUGUUUGGGAUUUAUGACUAUGAUGUCAUGACAACUUGCUAAUUUAUUGGUAUUAGUUUCGAAAUUUUCUGA